AUGCAGACCCGCUCCAAAACUCGCGCCGACGCCGGCCGCCGUCCGCGCCGCCGCCACCUCCCAAAGCCCUCCGCCGCCGCCCUCAUCUCCGCUCCGGCGCCCUCCCGCCGCCGCCGCAAGGCCAAGAAGGGGAAGAAGGGGAAGAAGAAGCAGGAAGAGGACGAGGAGGAGAUGCGGGAGUCCCCCCCGCUUGCCGUCCGUAAAUGCGACGACGACGACGAAGACGACGAAGACAUGGAGAUGGACGAGGCGGUGGUGGAGACGGUGGAGACGGGGCUGGAGUUAGAGUCGCUCCAGUUGGAGAUGAAGAAAUUGCGCCAAGACUCAAAUAAGCUUAGUAAACAGUAUGGCAAGCUGGAGAAGAAGCUCGAGAAAAUCGAGGAGGCGAAGAGUAGGGCUGAUGCCACUCUGGUAGUGAUGUCGGUAGGCUUCAAAUCGCUCUAUAAGGACAAUGAGGCACUCCAAGAGCAGAUUCGGGAGCUGCGGGAGAAGGAGGAGAGGCGGAGUAGGCGGGAGAGGAAGAGGGUGGAAGAGGAUCCCUCGGAAGACGAAGAAUAG